AUGGCACCAGUUCUCCUCGGGUCUUCAGUUUGGCUCUUAUUUCUUGCUAGCUGCAGACUCGUAGCUUCUUCGUCAUAUCCUCGGAAUCAAUCAGCGUUUGCUAAGAGUUAUGACUAUAUCAUUGUUGGCGGUGGAACAAGCGGUCUAGUUGUCGCAAAUAGAUUGUCAGAAGACCCUACAAAGACGAUUCUUGUAAUUGAGCAUGGUCUUAUAGAUAAUAGCUCUCUCACAUUAGUCCCAAGGCUUGGACUAGAAUAUUUUCCCAACAAUGUGAAGAAUUGGGACUACACCUCUGCACCUGUCGAGACUCUCCUAAAUGCUACCUUUGGCGUCUAUAUCGCCGACGUGGUGGGAGGCAGCUCUCUACACAAUGGCAUGUUUGCCGAUCGGGGAUCAAAAGCAGACUACGACUCUUGGGGAGCUUUCGUAGACGACGAUACGUGGAGUUGGGAUGGUCUUUAUCCUUAUUUCGUCAAGAGCACUACUUUUACCCCGCCAUCCGAUGAGCUUGUAAGAAAGUUCGAUAUUAGGAACGACGCUUCUGCGUAUGGUGAUGGACCAAUACAGAUCAGCUAUCCGUCAGUAAUUUUUCCAGACUAUAAAAAUCAGAUUCUUGCGGCAAAUGCUUAUGGUAUCGAAACUCCCGAUGGACCAGAGUCAGGUGACGCGAUCGGUUUUUGCUGGGUGCCUCAAACACUCGAUCCUGCAACAGGAUUUCGUUCCCAUUCUCGGAUUUCUUAUUAUGACCCGGUGGCUAGUAGACCUAAUCUACAGCUAGUUACCGGUCACCUAGUUGAAAAGAUCAUCUUCAGUCACGACCUAACCGCUACUGGUGUUCAAGUCACAUCUUUACAAAACAACAAGACAAGUAUAGUAUCUGCAUCUAAAGAGGUGAUCCUAGCAGCUGGUGCAAUAAAUACCCCAAAAUUACUACAACUCAGUGGAAUUGGCCCCAAGAAAGUGCUCAAAGCUGCGGGUGUAAAAGUUAAGCUGGAUAAACCGGCAGUUGGGGCAAAUUUUCAAGACCAUCCGGUUACAUAUCUAAGCUGGAACCUCACUAAUUUGGCAUUCCCAAACGAUGGCACUAUUUCGACAAAUGCAUCAUAUAACGCUAGUGCGUGGCAGGAAUAUGUGACGAAUCAUACGGGUCCUUACACUCAGGCAACGUCCCCCGAUGCCGCAUUUCUCCCACUCUCUCAAUUUUCGUCGAAAAGCCAAGAGCUAAUCGAUCAACUGCAAUCUCAAAACGCAUCUGACUAUCUCCCAUCCAUAUACAAAAAUAAAGCGCUUCUCAAGGGCUACUUAGCUCAGCGCGAGAUAAUUCUUGACCACUUUGCCAGAACUGAUGCUGCCGCGAUAGAAAUCCCUAUUGGUGCUACGGGACCUGGAGCAUGUGCAGUAGAAAAGCCACUAUCCCGCGGCACCAUAACGCUCGACCCCUCCAACCCCCACGGCCAACCCAUCAUAACCUACAACACGCUCUCCAACCCCCUCGACGGUAUUCUCCUCUCAGAAUGCAUCCGCUACGUCCGAAACUACUAUGCCUCUCCCCUCCUCACCUACUAUCACCCCAUCGAACUUUUCCCGGGCCCAUCCGCGCAGUCCGAUGAUGAGAUACUCGCGGCUCUCAUCAAAGCCGGGGCUAUCGCGCCCAGUUUUGCGCAUCCGUCUGGAACCUGUGCUUUGGGUACCGAGGAACGUGGUGCGUGUGUUGGGGCCGAUUUGAGAGUUUAUGGGACGAAGGGGUUGAGUGUUGUGGAUGCGAGUGUGAUGCCGUUGAUUCCGGCUACGCAUUUGCAGUUGACGGUUUAUGCGGUGGCGGAGAAGGCCAGUGAUAUUAUUAAAGGGAGGGCUUAA